CCCCUGUCAAAAAAGAAAGAAAGAAACACCAAACCUUGACAUGGAAACCUUGCCUUUCCUCUUAACCCUCGCAGCUGCUACAUCAGUUUAUCUACUAUGGUUCUAUCUCCUAGCUCGUAAACUUACCGGCCCAAAAGUAUGGCCUAUAGUGGGUAGCCUUCCAUCACUGUUCGUGAACCGGAGAAAUUUCCAUGAUUGGCUUGCUGCUAACCUCCGUGCAACUGGUGGUGCCGGAACCUACCAGACGUGCACAAUAGCACUUCCUUUCUUUGCUCGCAAACAAGGAUUCUACACGGUCACUUGCCACCCCAAAAACAUGGAACAUAUUCUUCGAACCAAGUUUGAUAACUAUCCCAAAGGACCCGAAUGGCAAACUGCGUUUCAUGAUCUUUUAGGCCAGGGGAUCUUUAAUAGUGAUGGAGAAACGUGGCUCAUUCAACGCAAAACUGCAGCUUUAGAGUUCACUACUCGGACUUUACGGCAAGCCAUGGCUCGAUGGGUGAACCAGACAAUCAAGAAUCGUCUGUGGAACAUUUUGGACAAGGCAGUUACAGAGAAGCAUUCGGUGGACUUGCAAGAAUUAUUGCUUCGCUUAACCUUCGACAACAUAUGUGGACUCACAUUUGGCAAGGAUCCAGAGACUCUCUCGCCAGAAAUGCCAGAAAAUCCAUUUGCUAUUGCCUUUGACACGGCCACUGAGGCUACUCUACAGAGGCUUCUUUACCCUGGUAUCUUGUGGAGAGUGGAGAAGCUUUUAGGAAUUGGAGCAGAGAGGAGAUUAAAGAAGAGCCUCGAAGUUGUGGAAACAUACAUGGAUGAUGCCAUCGCAGCACGCAAAGAAAACCCGUCUGAUGAUUUAUUAUCACGAUUCAUGAAGAAGAGAGACGUUGAAGGUAACCACUUUCCAAUCUCUGUUCUGCAACGAAUUGCUCUCAACUUUGUCCUUGCCGGCCGCGACACCUCAUCUGUUGCUCUUAGCUGGUUCUUCUGGCUAGUCAUGAACCAUCCUGAAGUCGAAGCAAAGAUAAUCAAGGAAAUAUCAGCUAUACUCACGGAAACACGUGGAAAUGAUCGCCAGAAAUGGCUUGAUGAGCCUUUAGUCUUUGAUGAAGCUGAUAAACUGGUUUAUCUCAAAGCAGCAUUAGCUGAAACAUUGCGUUUAUACCCGUCAGUACCACAAGACUUCAAAUACGUCGUGGAAAACGAUGUUCUGCCCGACGGUACACAUGUACCAGCUGGUUCAACGAUUACGUAUUCUAUUUAUUCUGUUGGAAGGAUGAAGAGCAUAUGGGGCGAGGACUGCAUGGAAUUUAAACCAGAGCGAUGGCUAUCGCCAGAAGAGGACAAGUUUGAGCCACCUAAAGAUGGCUACAAGUUUGUGGCCUUUAAUGCUGGACCCAGGACUUGCCUAGGGAAGGACUUGGCUUACUUGCAAAUGAAGUCCGUGGCUUCUGCUGUGCUGUUGCGCUACCGUUUAUCACUGGUUCCUGGUCACCGUGUAGAGCAGAAGAUGUCUCUUACAUUGUUCAUGAAGAAUGGGCUCCACGUACUCUUGCAUCCACGUACUCUUGCAUAGGAGUGUUCCACCAUUCUCAUCAAAUCUCUGGAGCUUGUCUUGCUCAACUUUGCAUUGCUUGGUGUUUACAGGAGACGACCAAGACAGCCAUUCAGUCACAAAUCAUGGGGGUAUUUCUGCCCAUAAUUCUGUUAAAGGGUCAUUUUUAUUUGUUUUUUGUUUCCGUUUUUAAAUUUCUUGUUCAUUGCUGGGUUCUAAAUCCAGUACGUACGUAUACAACCCAUUCAAAAUUAAGAGUGUUUGUCGUGUAAUGUUGUAUAUUCGAUAUCAACAGAUGUUUCUUUCGUAUGAUUAUGUGAAUAAAAAAGUAGAAUUUUACACUACCA